CAUCACCUUCAUCGAUCAUAAAAAAUCAUACAUCUAUCUCUCUUUCUCUGUGUAGACUGUAGACCCGCCCACUACAGAACCUUUGCCAGCCUGUCAAAGCCUUCCCACCCUCCCUACUUUUUACCUUGCAAUUUGCUUGCUUGCUUGAUGCGCACACCUCUUUGAGCUGUUUCCCUUACGCUUUCACAUCCUCCCGCUUCAAUAUAAAUACCACACUCCUCUCUUCCACUCCUACCAGCUUCUAGCUAAAACCCAAGACUUUACUGAAUAGCUUACCACUCCAACCAGCUUUGAAUCACCAUGGCGAUUGUUUUCUAUUUUGCCAUUAUUAUCUCUCUCUUCUGUUCCAUAGACCCCGCUCUGUCUACUUCCCGGAAGCUCACCGAUCAAGUCGAGCAACAGCCGCUUCUUUUCAAAUACCACAACGGUGCUCUUUUAAAGGGAAAUAUUACAGUUAAUCUCGUCUGGUACGGUGAUUUCACUCCCGUCCAACGCUCCAUUAUCGUUGACUUCAUCCAGUCCCUCAACUCGCCUCGGGCUCCGCUUCCUUCCGCGUCCUCGUGGUGGAAAACGACGGAGAAGUACAAGGGUGGUGCCUCCACCAUCGUCCUGGGGAAGCAAAUCCUCCACCCGGCUUAUACUCUCGGAAAGUCGCUCAAAAGUUUCCACUUGGUGGCUCUGGCCAACAAGAUAAACCAGUUGAACGCCAUUAGCGUGGUUUUGACGGCGAAGGACGUUGCGGUAGAUGGGUUUUGCAUGAGUAGGUGCGGUACCCAUGGGUCUACUCGGCGGGCUAGUGGGAAAACUAGAACGGCAUAUGUCUGGGUCGGUAACUCGGAGACUCAGUGCCCGGGCCAGUGCGCGUGGCCUUAUCACCAGCCCAUUUACGGCCCACAGACCCCACCGUUGGUCUCUCCCAGCGGAGACGUCGGAGUGGACGGGAUGAUCAUUAACCUGGCCACACUUUUGGCCGGCACCGUCACGAACCCCUUCAACAACGGCUACUUCCAGGGCCCGGCCACGGCACCAUUGGAGGCUGUAUCGGCAUGCACGGGGAUGUUCGGAUCCGGAGCUUACCCGGGUUAUCCGGGUGAAGUACUGACGGACAAGAGCAGCGGAGCGAGCUACAACGCCAAUGGGGUUAACGGGAGGAAAUACCUACUGCCGGCGAUGUGGGACCCAGAAACAUCAGCCUGUAGAACACUCGUGUGAGAGCGAGAUGGGAUAAACGAUGACGUGGCGUCACAUGUGUCAGAAAUAUUUGUUCGUAUGUAGAAUACCGAUGUUGGGUGGUGGUGUUGUUUAGGUUGUCCGUGUUAUGAAGCGGAUAGGGUUUCUGAUAUUUUUGUACACAUUUUAAGUUGUCGUCUUGUGUGACGUGUAAAUUCACCUUUUUUGUUUAUAUAUAAAAUAGUUCGCAGUGUAUGAAA